AUGUCCAAAGACCCAAAUCGACCGAACAUAGUCCUGAUUCUAGCAGACAAUCUGGGAUGGGGCGAGCUGGGCUGUUACGGAGGAGGCGCAUUGCGCGGCGCCUCAACUCCACGUAUCGACAACUUUGCGACCGAAGGCCUCCUCCUACACAACUUCAACGUGGAAAGUGACUGUGUCCCUACGCGUUCGGCUCUGAUGACAGGGCGCCAUCCCAUACGAACAGGCUGUCUUCAAUCAGUGCCAGCCGGAUUUCCCCAGGGACUCACACUAUGGGAGAAGACGCUCCCCGAGUGUCUGCGCGAAGAGGGCUAUGCAACUGCUCACCACGGCAAGUGGCAUCUAGGGGAUAUACCAGGGCGCUAUCCCUCCGAUCGAGGGUUCGACGAGUGGUUCGGGAUUCCGAGGACGACAGACGAGAGUCAAUUCACUUCCGCUAUUGGAUUUGACGCCGAGGUGGCGGAAUUGCCAUACAUCAUGCAGGGCACCGCUGGCCAGCCAUCAACGGAGGUCUGUGUCUACGACCUAGAGAAGCGGAGGCUGAUUGACGAGAUGCUGGUGGAGAAGAGCAAAAAUUGGCUUUCAAGGAAGGCGUCAGCCAAAGCUCCAUUCUUCCUGUACCACCCCCUCGUCCACUUACAUUUCCCCACGCUGCCGCAUCCAGACUUCGAACGCUCCACGGGUAAUGGAGAGUUCGCAGACUCUAUGGUUGAGAUGGACUUCCGUGUGGGUCAACUUCUGGAUCAUAUUGAUGAUAUUGGGGUGCGCGAGAAUACAGUAGUUAUAUUCGCGUCGGACAACGGACCAGAGUUUAGGCCGCCGUACCGCGGGACCGCGGGGCCGUGGUCAGGCACCUAUCAUACAGCCAUGGAAGGAAGCCUCCGCGUUCCCUUCAUCAUCAGAUGGCCUGGGAAGGUGCCACAAAACGUCACCUCAAACGAGAUGGUCCAUAUUACGGACAUUUUCACAACUGCAAUAGCCAUAGCAGGGGCCACAAAGCCUAAGGAUCGACCUAUUGACGGAAUAGAUCAGGUGAGGUUCUUCCAGAGCCCGACCGUGGAGAAAAGCGAACGUGAGGGAUUUCUUUUCUAUCUCAAGGAUGACCUUAGGGCUAUUAAAUGGAGGCAUUGGAAACUACACUUAAUCUGGGAGCCAAAGGUGAAUCAGUCGUCGGGAAAGCUGGAAUCGCCUUAUCUAUUCAACACUCUUCGCGAUCCGAAAGAAGAAGGUGAUAUUCUUGCGUACAAUACGUGGGUGUUGCAGCCUAUGAUGAAAUUGAGGGCCGCAUUCCAGAAGAGCCUGGCGGAGGAUCCUGCCCGUAUCAAGCCAAUGACAUGA